CAGGAUGGCUUCCGGGGGUGGCUUCUGGCCUUGUCGGCAUGCUGGGCCUGCACUGGGCCGUGGCUCUCUGGAGGUCAUUCAGCCCAGCACCCCCUGAGCAAGUCCCUCAGGGUUUGUCCACGCGGCUUUGGAAUGUCCUUAGGCAAGGAGACUCCACAGGUUCUCUGGGCAAGCCGCGCCCACCGAGGAAGGAGGAAAGAGAAGUGGAAGCAGACGGAGCAGUUCCUGAGAAGGAGGAGAGGCGCGAACCCAGCCUGAUGCACCCCCUGCGCCGCCGCCGGAGCUACGUCCCGCCCGAGGACCUGCAGAGCUGCCUGGAGUCCCACGUCAGGGAGGUCGUCGGGCCCUCUGUUCCCGAGGACUGGCAGCAGGCUCCCCUGCAGGAGAAGAGGCUGAAGCACCGCCUGCUGGCCCGGCUGGCAGUGGAGCUGGGACAUGCCGUCCCCAACUCGCAGCUGCACCGCAUGCGCUGCGCUGGGGACGUGCUGGGCUUCUACUGCACCCCUGUGAGGGACGGCACCAAGAUCGAUGAACUCGCGGCCGCAGAGCUGCCCCCGAACCUGAAAAUCAUGUGGCAGCAGUGAGUCCCCCCAUGCAGCAUCCUGUGCCUGGCUGGUGCUGCAGGGCAGCAGCAGAGCCCUCCGGUUGGGGUGAGAGCUGUGAAUUUCAGUUCACUGAAAUCACUCUGUAAUGGUGAAGUCUCCAACAGCACUAUAAAAUCAGCUGCUGUUGAGGCAUCCUGUUGAAUUCUCCAAUGUCUGUUAAGGGCCCUGUUUUUUAAGUUCUUUGGGUGUUAGUUUGUCUUCCCAUCUAAGUGAUGAUGCAGGUCUGGUUUUAAUCAGAGGAGGCAAGUGGUGAAGUCAGGAGGACAAGAAAAUAAAGUCUGAGAAAUGCAUAGUACUUCAUGAGUGUUUUCUAUAAAACAAGUUGUUUACAAUGAGGUUGAGAGCCUGUGUGAUCUUUCCGGGAAUAGUCCAGAAAUGUCCUGGUUAUACCACUCCAAGCCUUGAACCCUUGCUCCCCUGUUGUUUUUUUCAGUGUGCAGGUGCACAAAGCACACUCAGGCACUGCUGCUUUUGUGUGUUACAGUGCUCAGUUUCUUAACUGAGCAAACUUCUCAAGUGCUGCUUUCUUUUCAGAAGCUGUGAAGAAAUUUAAGAAAUGCUUUCUUUUCUCCUUUUGAGUCUUGGAGAAUUACAGAAUGGUGUCAGUGUGCACCUACGUGUGUGUCUGCGGGGUGAACUGGGGUGAGUGCCCUGGGGAUGUUUCACUGAUCACCAUGGAAAGCUGAAUGUUCACAAAUCCCUCCCCUGUAGCUUAUGGGAAAGCACAGUGUGACAAAUGGCUAACUGUCAUCUUGUUGGCUUCAGAGGCUGUUUGGGAGCAGUGAAUUGGAAGUUACUUUUUAAUGAAAUUAUCUCCUUCCAUCAAAACCAGAGAUAGCUGCACCUUGUUUCAUCUUUAACACUAUCUGAGAAAACGCUUCCAGUUGUAGUUGCACUUUGUGCUCAUUCCCCUUUCUGUAUCUCUCCCAGGAUGUAACUUUGAUAGCUCAUGUAAUGUGAUCAGAACAGAGUGAAAAACUGGACUGGGAACUGGGACAGGCAAGAAAGGAGCUCAGCAGCAGCUUGCCUCGUGUUUUGCUGUGUGUGAGUUGAGUCAAACUGCCAUUUCCCUGAUCUCAGACAUACCAGUCUCUCGGAGGUGCAGACCUCGUGCUUCCAUCAGCACAGGAAGUACAAGGGAAGAGGAUCACACGUGGGUGUUUGAGAUGCAAAACAUUUAACCGCUUGCAACAAACUGAAGAAGCAGAAAUCUGAAAUGACAUCAAAGUCUUGCACACAGCACCUGUGCCAUGGAAGGGCAAGACUUCUAGAUGCCUAAUCACUUUAUCUUCGGGCUUUUAAAAGUUUGUCACUUCAGUUGAAUUGAAUUAUAAAUAAAUAAAUAAAUAGAA